CCAUGUCAUUAGCUUCAUCGCAACUCAGCUUUCUCUCCACCGCCUUCUCCUUCUCCUUCUCCGUUCGCACCCCUCGACGGACCAAUAACCUUCUCCAUUCUUCCAAUGCCGGCGUCUCUUGUAAACUCCCCCCCGCCGCCGACGAUCCAAAUGGAUUAUUAAACAGGGGAAGUGAGAAUCGCCUGGCGAAGCUUGCGAUUGUUACUCUGGCGGCUGGAGUUUUGACAUUGGGAUCAGUUCAUGAUGCUUCCGCCGCCAAGACGGGCGGCCGAGUCGGCGGUCAGGCCUUCCGAUCAGCGGCUCCUCGGUCAUCGUCGCCGAGAAUCAACAAUAAUUCCAGAACAAAUAUAUACAUAAAUCCAAGAGUAGCACCUCCUUUAGUAGGUGGCUAUGGGUUUGGUUAUGGUGUACCAUACUAUGGUGGAUGGGGAUGGUCUCCAUUUUCAUUCUUUGCACCUUCCCCAGCUGUUGCUGUUGGCAUUGGAGGAGGUUUUGAUCUUCUUUUUCUCUUCAUUUUGCUUGGUACUGUUGCAGCUUUUGUGAGGAGAUUCUUUGGAAGAAGAGAAGAUGAUGAUGAUUAUUAAUAACAACCUAAGUCCUGGAUGGGAUAUUGGAUUCAUACUUUAUAUUGACACUUUUGAGCUUACUUUUUUGUGGGAGAGGUUUUCUUGGUCAUAUUUUACAGGGUCAGACUUGUCACGUAUAAUGUAUUUGUAUAAGGGGAGAUGAGAUGCUAUGUAAUUACAAAGCUUAGUGUAUAAAAUGUAUAGUCAUUUAUGUAAUUUCCUUUAGAGUACGAUGAAUAUGAUCUUAGCUCAACUCAUGUAACUCACGUAAGGUAUGCACUCUCAUCC